AUGGCCGAAUAUUGUAGUGAUGAUGACGAAAUGACGAAUCAAUUAAAUAACAUUGUUCAUGAGAUCGAUUACCAGUUAGAUACUAUAGACUUUAAUGAAAAUUAUAACCAACCUGAUGAUGGUUCAGAUACUAUCUCGGUUAGUAGUGACCACACCAUGACUGCACAUUCUGAUACCUUGUCGGCACGAUCUGAUACAAUGUCGGCUAGCUCUAAUGCAACAACUGUAAAUUCUGAACCUUUAAAUAUAGUGGUACAAGCAGAAGUACAUCGACCUAAUGAAUGUAACUGA